CAUUCAUAUCCUCGGUGCCACCUCUUGGUCUUCUCCUCUUGUCGUACCAGAGGGUAUCAUUCCCCACUCUCUAGCAAUGCUUCGCCGCAUCUCAGCCAUCUCCCGCCCUUCCGUGGCCCAGCUCGCCCGUCCUCAGGCUCGCGCCUUCUCAAAGACGGCGGCUCCGGCCGUCUCGGCCUCCAACAUCCUCUUCGAGCUCGACUCGAAGAAGGUCGGCCAUGAGAUCCGCAAGCGUGCCCUCACCAACGCCGUCACCAGCCCCCGCGAUGGCAGCAUGGACCGCGACACCAUUAUCCGCCUCCUCUACUCUCUCGGCUCGCGUCAGGAGGUCGAGCGCUACCUCCGCAUCUUCACCCAGUCGUCCAAGAACGCCAACGCCUCCGGUGUCCUUCCCGAGGCCAAGUUCGCCGUUCUCAAGAUCGGUGGUGCUAUUCUGACCAACGAGCUCGACGACCUCGCCCUCUCCCUCUCGUUCCUUAACCGUCUUGGCCUCUACCCCGUCGUCCUCCACGGCGCUGGCCCCCAGCUUAACGAGAUCCUCGAGUCUGAGGGUGUUGUUCCCGACUACGAGGAUGGCAUCCGUAUCACCGAUGCGAAGACCCUCCAGAUCGCUCGCCGUGUCUUCCUCCAGGAGAACCUCAAGCUCACCGCCGCCCUCGAGCGUCUCGGCACACGUGCCCGCCCCAUCCCCACUGGUGUCUUCCAUGCCGACUACCUUGACCGCGAGAAGUACGGCCUCGUCGGCAAGAUCCACCGUGUCGACAAGGCGCCCAUUGAGGCUGCUAUCCGCGCCGGCUGCCUGCCCAUCCUCACCUCGCUCGCCGAGACUGCCGAUGGCCAGAUGCUCAACGUCAACGCCGACGUUGCCGCUGGUGAGCUCGCCAAGGUCCUCGAGCCCAUGAAGAUUGUCUACCUCAACGAGAAGGGCGGUCUUUUCCACGGUGUCACCGGCAAGAAGCUUUCGGCCAUCAACCUCGACGAGGAGUACGACGGCCUCAUGAAGGAGUCUUGGGUCAAGUUUGGCACCAAGCUCAAGCUUCGUGAGAUCAAGGAGCUCCUUGACACCCUCCCCCGCACUUCGUCGGUCGCCAUCAUCUCGACCAACAUGCUCCAGAAGGAGCUGUUCACUGACGCCGGUGCCGGUACCCUCAUCCGCCGCGGCUACAAGCUCUACAAGAAGCCCGCCACCGAGGCCGUUGGCUCGACCCAGCUCCGUCAGGCGUUCACCGAGCGUGACCCCGAGGUCAUUGCCGGCCGCAAGUCGGUUGCCGAGAUCUUCUCCGAGAUGAAGAACACCCCCACCACCGUCUACGGUGACGAGCCCUUCGACGUUGUUGCCGUUGUCCAGCACCCCGAGGGCGAGACUGCUGUCAUGACCCACUUCCUCCCCUCGCGCAACGGUGUCCUCAACAAGACUGUUGACAAUGUUUUCGACUCGAUCAAGAAGGACCACAAGCGUCUCUUCUGGACCGCCCAGGCCGACGACGAGAACCGCGCUUGGCACUUUGAGCGCGCCGACGGCAGCUUCACCCGCGCCGGCCGCAGCCUCUUCUGGUACGGUGUCCCCGACGUCAAGCAGGUUGAGAAGAUUAUCGAGGGGUUUGAGGCUACUGGUCGCAUCGACCGCGUCUUCCUCCCCGUUGGCCCCAGCACUCCUCCCCACAGACUCGCUGGCUCGGCUCCCGCUGGUGCCCGCGCGUUCUCGACCGCUGCCCGUCCCUCGGUUUCCGCUGGCGCCCAGUCGUCUGGCCGCCGUGGCUACGCCACCGAGGUGCCCCGCAAGCGUGUUGCCUUGAUUGGCGCCCGCGGCUACACUGGCCAGAACCUCGUCUCGCUCAUCAACAGCCACCCCCACCUCGACCUCACCCACGUCUCGUCGCGCGAGCUCGCUGGCCUCCCCCUCAAGGACUACACCAAGUCCGAGGUGCGCUACUCGAACCUCUCCGCCGAGGACGUUGGCAAGAUGGCCGAGAACAAUGAGGUCGACGCUUGGGUCAUGGCCCUCCCCAACGGUGUCUGCAAGCCCUUUGUCGACGCCAUCGACAAGGCCGCCAAGAAGGGCGGCAAGAGCGUCAUUGUCGACCUGAGCGCCGACUACCGCUUCGAGAACGACUGGACCUACGGCCUUCCGGAGCUGUACGGCCGCGAGGAGGCUAAGACUUCGUCGCGCAUCUCGAACCCCGGCUGCUACGCGACCAACACUCAGCUUCUCCUUGCCCCUCUCCUGCCCUUCAUUGACCAGACUCAGGCGCCAACAGUGUUUGGCGUGUCUGGUUUCUCGGGUGCGGGAACCAAGAGCGGCGAGAAGGACGCCGAGGGCCGUCCCAAGACUGUCCCCAAGAUUAGCGCCGAGGACCUCAAGGGCGGUGUUCGCCCCUACGCGCUCACGGACCACAUCCACGAGCGCGAGUCGUCGACGCACCUGCGCCAGCUGCUCCCCCAGCCCUCCGACUUCCAGCUGUCCUUCAUCCCCAACGUCGCCCCCUGGUUCUCGGGCAUCAUCUCGGUGCUCAACGCGCCGCUCGCCAAGUCGAUGCGCGCGUCCGACGUCGUCGAGCUCUACGAGCAGAAGUACGCCGGCGAGCCCCUCAUCCAGAUCCUCAAGGGCGUCCCCGACGUCACCGAGGUCGAGGGCAAGCACGGCUGGCGCGUCGGCGGCGUCCAGGUCCACUCUAGCGGCAAGCGUGUUGUCGUCGUCGGCGCCCUCGACAACCUCCUCAAGGGAGCGGCCACCCAGUGCCUUCAGAACCUCAACCUCGCCCUCGGCUACGACGAGCUCGACGGCGUGCCCAAGGACCGCCUCUAAUCGCUCAUCAUUGUAGCGUCGCACAUCAUGUAUUGCAUGGC